AUGCUUAUCACAAAUCAAACAGAUGUGAAGGAACUAUUAAAUACUUUAAAAAACCAAUUACUAAUCCGAGAUCUAACAUAUAAAUACACAGUCGGAAUAAGAUACAUUGAGAUAUACUUUGCUAAUUCUCAGGUUACCAGCGGAGGAACAUUUAAGGAGCUGCCAGAUUGGGUUAAGAAUAAGCGAGCUAUUAUCAAUAUUCAGAACAAAGAUGAUAAAUGCUUCUUAUAUUCAGUUCUUGCGGAUCUCUAUCCAACAUCUAAAGAAAUCAAGAACCCUAACAGAGUAAGCAACUAUGAUAAGUAUCUUGAUAAAUUGGAUUAUCAAGGCUUUGAGCUUCCUAUGAAAGUAAAAGAUAUUUGUAAGUUUGAGACUAAAAACAACCUAGCAAUAAAUGUUUAUACUAUCACUAACAAAAAGAUUGUUACAUCUCAUGUUUCUAAUAAAGACCACAGCUUGAAACGCAUAAAUUUAAUGCUACAUGAUGGGCAUUACUCAUAUAUUAAGAGCAUCAACGCAUUGUUAGGACAUGACGCAACAGAUAAUCGGUCGUUAUUCUGUGACAUAUGUUGUACAUGUAACUUUAAAAGUAAGCAAGCCCUAGAAAAUCAUAAGAAGUUCUGUAUUACAAAUAAUUACCAAAGGCUUGAGAUGCCAAAGCAAAAAGAAGAAAAUGAAAAAAUUUAUAUUAGCUUCAAUAAGCAUGUCGCACUUAAUAAGUUACCUAUUAGAAUAUAUGGAGACUUUGAGGCUAUACAAGAUUAUAACGAUACAAAGAUUAGUAAGAAUGGCAACACUUCAUAUUACAGUAAACAUAAGGCAGCCAGCUUUAAAAUAUUGAUUGUCUCAGACAUUCCGCUUAUUGGGUUUGAUCAUAAAAAAGUAAAUGAUAAGUAUAUUUAUGAUUACUUGUAUCGAGGAGAAAAACCCGCUUAUGAGUUUGCAAGCUUGCUUAUGAGAAUUAAAGACGCACUUAAUAACUCAAUAAAUUCAGCCCUUGAAGAACAUGAAGAUUAUAAAACAAUUUGUAUGAACUCAGAGCAAAAACAAGAGUAUAAUAAAACUAGAAAUUGUCCUUGUUGUAAAUGUGUAUUUGAUCAUACAAAUUAUAAAUGCAGGCAUCAUAACCAUUUCACUGGUGAUUACAUCAUGCCUUUGUGUAGAAAUUGUAACUUAAAAGCUAACCUAAAGCGUAAUAAUAUAGAUAUCCCAGUCAUAUUUCAUAACAGCAAUUAUGAUAAAAAUCUAUUCUUGACAGAAUUUGGCAAAUUCUACAAUGUUAAAGAAAUAAGCGUAAUUCCAGAUAAUACCGAGAAAUUUAAAUACUUCAAGGUUGGACAAUACUCCUUUAUAGAUAGCUUUAGGUUUAUGUCAUCUGGACUUGAAAAGCUUAUAAACAACAUUCCUAAAGACAAAAGGACAUAUUUGAGAUCUCUUUGUGAAACAGAAGAACAGUUUAAAUAUUUGAAUGGUAAGGGUAUAUUUCCUUAUGAAUGGUUUGACAGCAUUGAAAAAUUUGACUAUCCAAUAACUGAGCUUAAAAAAGAAAGCUUUAAGUCUGAGAUCAAAAGAAGCUCUGGAUGUUCUGAAGAAGAAUAUGAUGAGCUUCUAGAAACAGUUGAAGCACUUAACAUAAAAACAUUUGGUGAGUAUCAUGAUAUAUAUCUACAUAAAGAUGUUAAUGGCUUAGCUGAUGUAUUUGAAAGCUUUAUAGAGCUUAGCAUUAAGACUUAUAAACUUGACCCCUGCUUCUUUGUUGGCACUCCUUCCUAUGGGUGGUCCGCUAUGCUCUUGCUUACAAAUGUCAAGCUUGAAAAUUUGACAGAUAUUGAAAUGUAUGAAUUCUAUGAGGCAGGAAUAAGAGGCGGUCAGUCUAUCAUAAUGAGUAAGAAAUUUAAGGCUAAUAAUAAGUAUCUUGAAGAUUAUAACCCUAAUAAACCAUCUUCAUAUCUAUAUUAUGGAGAUGCUAAUAAUCUUUACGGUUGGGCUAUGUCUCUACCUCUUCCCAUUGGAGGUUUUACAUGGUUAAAAAAUCCUGAACUAUUUGAUAUUGAAAGUUUAAGAGAAGAUGAGGGGGCAACUCUAGAAGUAGAUUUAAGAUAUCCAGAAGAAUUACAUGACUACCAUAAUGAUUACCCUUUAGCUCCUGAAAAAAUAAAACUUGGUAAUUGUGAAAAGCUAUGUGGUACUCUUCACAAUAAGAAAAAUUAUGUUAUAGACUAUAGAAACUUGAAACUAUAUCUUAGUUUAGGUCUUGAGCUUACAAAGAUACAUAGAGUUAUCACAUAUAAACAGCAAGCAUGGCUUAAGCCUUGGAUUGAUAAAAACACUGAUCUAAGAAAAUUAUCAAAAAAUGACUUUGAAAAAGAUUAUUAUAAGCUCAUGAAUAAUGCUGUAUUUGGUAAGACUAUGGAGAAUGUAAGAAAUAGGGUUAAGGUAAAGCUACCAACUACAUUAGAGAAAGCACAAAAAUAUUCAAAUAAGCCUAACUGUACUAAAUGGGAAAUUAUACACAAUGAAAUGGUAUUAGUUUCAUUGAAAGAAGAAAGCGUAAAACUAGAUAAGCCAAUAUAUGCUGGGUUCUCUAUAUUGGACCUGUCUAAAUAUCUAAUGUACGACUUCUAUUACAACAUAAUGAAGCCAAAAUAUAAAGAAAAUCUCAAGCUUCUAGCAACAGACACAGAUAGCUUCUUCUUUGCUGUAUAUACUGAAGAUCUUUAUAACGAUAUAUGGGAGAUGCGCGAACAUUUUGAUAUGAGCGAGUACAGCAAAGAGAACCCUUUACACGAUGAAACAAAUAAAAAAGUUAUUGGCAAAUUUAAGGAUGAACUAGGAGAUAAAAUUAUGUCAGAGUUCAUAGGAGUACGACCAAAAUGCUACUCCUAUAAAAAAUACAGCAUGAAAGAUGGAUAUGAAAAUGUGAAGAAAUUGAAGGGUGUUCCUUCUGCUAUUGUAAAGACUGACAUUAAACAUGACGACUACGAUAAAUGUGUUUCUGAGAAUAAACCGCUAACUUGUAAGGUACAUGGAAUAAGAAGCUCUAAGCUUCAAAAUUAUACAAUAAAACAGUCUAAGACUGCUUUGAGUAAUACAGAUGAUAAAAGAUAUUGGGACGUAUCUUUAGGAUUUAGUAGCUUGGCACUUGGACACUAUAGAAUAAAUAAUUAA